AAGAGAUUCCAUCUAAUGCAAAAGACAGAGAAGAAUGGAGAAAGACAGUCAGCAGAUCUUGUGUGGUUCCCCAACGAUCCAACAGACUAAGGCUAAGAUUGCAUUCUGUUCAUAUUACAAUGGGAAACAUGUUUUCAAACCGACUGGAAAAUGAAGCCCACAGUAAGCCUGACAAAAGUGGACAUGAUAUUAACGAUUGUCCUGAAUUUCCUAAACUAAGUGACUGUCACCAAGAUUUAGAAUGUCUUGAUGUCAUCAAUGACCAAGAUAAUGAUGCAGGUGAUUACCUGGUGUCAGAAGAAGGAGAAACUGAUCUUGUCAACUCUAAAAAGAAUCCAGGUCAUAGUGAGUCUUUUUCUGCCGAAACAUUCAACUUGAAACAUUUACCUGAAGAUCUUCAAGACAAUGACUUGUAUGAAUACAUUAAAACUGUAGCUGACCUGACAGUUAGAGUAGAUGUUACUAUGAUUAGUCCAAACAGACCAGAGUUUGGGCCAAAGACAACUCAACCAUAUCCAUUUUAUAACAUGGGGGACACACGAAACUUGCGGACAGGAAGUGGAAGAGUGUGGGAUGUCGACAAGUUUCAAGAUGGAGUCAAACAAAGUAGACAAUUUGAGCUUAUUACUUUUGAAAAAUUUCGGUGUAGAAAGUGUCAAUAUUCAAAACAACCCAGCAAUGUGUGGUGGGAGUUUAAAUUGUACACACCCACACAUGUGGUUUUUGAUGAAAUAGAGGCCAGCCACACAACCUUGAGAAUGUUUUACAACAGCGUUGAUAGUCCAUUUGUCAGUGUUGAUACUGUUAGUAUUGAUAAUGCUGGCAUUGAGUAUGACUUGUGUGUGUUGAAAUGUGUGACAUGUGACAAAAGUUUAGGAGAUAAGUUGAUGGAAAUCUGGAAACAUUACAAAAAUGUCUGGGAGAAAGUCUUCAACAAAUACAAAAACUGUAAAGAUAAACACAAAUUAAACUUUAUAGUGUCACAUCCUAAUGGAUUUUCUAAGCAGAUUACUGUUGGUAAGUGGAAGGAUAAUCCAGAGCUGGCUAAUGCAACUAAGUUUACCUAUGUAACUUGUACAUGUCUAGGAAGUAGUGAAGCCUAUGCCCACUGGGAGAGAUUUAGUGAGUUGUAUUGGUUCAGUCUUGUUCAUGAAUGUCUUUUUUAUAGGUCCUGAUGCUUGUGGCAUUUUGCUCUCCUUCAUUGGUCAGUUUUUAAGUAUAUUGCUCCUUCGGUCUUUGUGGUCUAUAGGGCAGAUGAUGUAAAGGUCAUCUGUUUCUGUGGCCUACGGUUAGCGAGGGUGUCAUGUGGCCAGCACAACGACCAACCGCCUUUACUUUUCCCCAACUAAUGUCAGGUACCCAUUAGAGCUUGGUGGACUCAGAGGCGCCCAAAGAUCCCAAAAUAAAAAUCCCAGUCUUCACCAGGAUUCGAACCCGUGACCCCCGGUUUGGAAGUCAUGCGCUUUACCGCCACACCAGACUCACUCAGUUUAUAUCUGAUAGUUGAAUUGUAUUUAAUGACUUGAUUGCCAGGGGAACAAAAGAGUUUUGUGUCUGUUUGUCUUUGCUAUCAGUGUCUUGUAUCUCUUUUGUGAUAGUAAAGUCACAAAAUCUUGACCCAUAGGGUGAUUAUUUAUUUGUAAAAUUUUUUUUAGCUUCUUGUGUUUGUUUUUUUCAAACAGCUGUGAACUUUAUUUUUAUUUUCAAUGUUCAGAUUGUAAAAUAUUGCAGGUGGGAGCAUGAUAAAUCAUGCAUUUACAAAUUAUUAGUUCUAAUGUAAUUUUCUUUGAUUUUGCAAAAAUUAUUUAUUUCUAAUAAACUGAACAAAAAAUACUAUAUA